AUGGCGGCAGACGAUGAGACCAGGCGGCAUCAGGAGCGAGGAAGGAGUCAAGUUGACGGCGAGAGAGAGCCGCUCUUGGGCAAUCAGCGACAAGGUCCCCUUGACGGUGGCGAGGAUGGUGACAGCAGAGAACUACUACACUUCAGCGAAGAUGACAAGGAGAAUCCGAGAAACUGGAAAUACUCGACCAAGAUGUUGAAUGUCGCAGUCAUUGCUGCAAUGUCCAUCCUCAGCCCGCUGGCCUCGAGCAUGUUUACACCUGGUAUCGACCAAAUAGCGGAAGGUCUGGACACAAACACCGACAUGGUCAUUGCGUGUACGACAGGUUUUGUGGUCAUGCUUGGGCUUGGGCCUCUGAUACUGGCGCCCCUCAGCGAGACCUUCGGACGUCGUAUAAUGUACCUGAUAUGCUUCGGAGUCUUUGCCCUUCUGCAAAUACCAUCGGCCUUGAGCCCAAACAUUGCUACGCUCAUCAGCAUGAGAACACUCUCAGGCUUCUUCGGAUCAGUCGGCAUUGCCAACGGAGGAGGCUCUCUCAGCGACAUGUUCAUCCCAGAGCAACGUGCCGGAGUCUUUGGUUGGUACUUGCUCGGACCACUAUUGGGACCUACACUCGGUCCGCUGUUCGGAGGCCUCAUUGUGCAAAGAUUGAACUGGCGAUGGAUAUUCUGGGUCCUGACCAUUGUCUGCAUUGUCAACGUCACGGCUGCUUAUUUCCUACUCAAGGAGACCUACCCUCCUGCCAUCCUCGCGAAACGCAGAGAGCGACGUGAGAGAGAGGAGCACACCUCGAACAAGUACAGCUUCGAAGGCGAAGAUACACGUCCACUAUACAUCAAGCUGCGAUACUCCUUGACCAGACCACUUCGGAUUCUCAUGCAGCCAAUAGUCUUCACUAUGAGCGUCUAUCAAGCCAUACUUUUCGGCACCACUUAUAGUAUAUAUACUAACAUGCAACCCAUCUUCCAAGGCGAAUAUGGCUUCAACACGGAGCAGGUCGGCCUUUUGUAUCUUGGACCUGGCCUAGGAUUCUUGGCGGCGGUGUGGUUCCUGGUUCCACGAAUUGACACAAUCUACAAGCGUCUCAAGGCUCGCAACAACGGCAAGGCUUUCCCAGAAUAUCGCUUGCCUCUGGCGAACAUUGGAGCGGUCUUCAUACCGGUCUCACUGUUCUGGUUUGCUUGGACGGUGCAAACGCAUAAGCCUUGGUAUGUCCCUAUCAUCGCGACGUUCUUCUACGGCAUUGGACAGGUCACCAUCCUGAACUGCACAACAAACUACUACAUCGAUUGCUUCGAAAAGUACGCAGCCAGUGCCAUCGCUGCAGGUGCUGUCUUUAGGAGUGUGGUCGGCGGAGUCGUGCCGCUCUUCGCACCGAGCCUGUUCGACAGCUUAGGCUAUGGAUGGGGCAUAUCAGUCUUUGGCUUCCUAUCUGUGGCCAUAGCCCCAGCGCCAUUGAUCUUCUACUUCUACGGUGGACUAGUACGAGAAAAGUUCUGGAUCGACUUGUGA